GCAGUGGCCAGGUUGGCUUCUCAUUCCAGGCAGUUGCUUCUCACCGGGGCCCUUCGGGACUUCCUUUUCAAAAGAUGGAGUCGGGCUGCUAUCACUGAAGGGGGCUGGAGGGUUUCAGAGUGGAGAGGCGUGAUGGUGAGGCACCACGGUAGGGAGUUCAAUGCUGACUCUCCUGCUAGGUGACUGUCGGUCUCUGGGCUGCUAGAUCUACUUCCUGGAUGCGUUAAGAUCCCCAUGUGUGAAAAAUGAAGCCCUGGGUUGCCAUGGUUUGCUGUUUAGUGUUUUUCCUGACAACAGAGUGCUCUCAUUCCAAAUCCAAGACUCACAGAAAAGACGGAGAUAAAUUUCAAAUCUCUCUACAGAAGCAUGAGUUUAGACCAAGACAAGGUAAAUGUGAUGGACGGUGCAGUUCUUCUUCCAGCUGUAACCAGAGCUGUCCUUGGAACUUCCGUGGAGAAAUCAUAUUCACAUGUAAUCAAAACAAAUGGCAAAAAACAAUCGAAACAUGCACAAGUCUCUCGGUGAACACCUUGUUUCAGCGCAUACAUCCUGCGGCUAGCCUAUCCUUGGCGUCUUCUUCUGUUUUCCCCAUGAGCUUUACUGGCAAUGCAGCACCAGUCCAUAUUGGAAAUGUAUCUCAAGGAAUCCAAAAGUUCUGUCCCGAGGACUACGUUUGCAUUGUCGAUGCUGUGAAAUCCUCUGCAGUUACAGCUGGAAAUAUUGCAUUCAUAGUAGAGUUAUUAAAAAAUAUCUCUUUAGACUUGCAAAGUUCUGGAAUACAUGACAAUGUGACUUGGAAGAAAAUGAAGAGUUAUGGCAAAGUGGCCAACCACAUCCUGGGCCCCACUGCCAUUUCAAAUUGGGCUUUCAUUGCCAACAAAAAUGCCAGCUCAGACCUGUUGGAGUCAGUGAACUCUUUCGCCAAGAAACUCCAAAUCAAAGGUAAAUCUGAGAGCAUCAUAGACGAACUCUUUAUUCAGACGAAAGGCUCUCGCAUCUCCCCCAGUACCUCGAAGAACACCCUCAGCCUCUCUGUACCCAGGUACAACGCUACGGAAGAUGUCUUAGUGGUGAUCGAAAUCCCCAAGCAAGCAUUACAGGAGCUGUCGUCCAAUGCCUCCCAAGCCAUUGUUGUAGCUUUUCCAACCUUGGGGGCCAUUCUGAAAGAAGUCCAUCAGUCAAAUACGAGUCUCCAAAAGCCCAUAAAUGAUCUCAUCCUGUCACUGGUUUUGCCAGAAGGUCUGAACGAAAUCAUACUCACCUUUGAUAAAAUCAAUAAAUCCCAGAGCACCAGCUGCCAGUGCGUCAGCUGGGAUCCUUCGACAGGGCAGUGGGAUGAGAGCCCAUGUACAGUGAUAUCAGACGUCAACAGCACUGUGAAAUGCCGCUGUAGGCACACCAAAGCUGUGACGUCCUUCUCUAUCCUCAUGUCUUCUAAGCCUGUAAAGAAUACGAUUCUGAACCACAUCACCUUCAUUGGACUCAGCGUCUCCAUCUUUAGUUUGGUGCUCUGCCUGGUCAUCGAGGCCAUCGUCUGGUCCCGGGUGGUUGUGACAGAGAUAUCCUACAUGCGCCAUGUGUGCAUUGUGAACAUUGCAGUGUCCCUCCUGACUGCCAAUGUGUGGUUCAUCAUUGGCUCCAACUUUAGUGCGAAUGUUCAGGAGGAUCACAAGUGGUGUGUGGCUGUGACAUUUCUCUGCCACUUCUUCUUCCUCUCCCUGUUCUUCUGGAUGCUCUUCAAAGCACUGCUCAUAGUCUAUGGAAUACUGGUUGUCUUCCGCAGGAUGAUGAAGUCUCGUAUGAUGGCUAUUGGCUUUGCCAUUGGCUAUGGGUGUCCCCUUGUGAUCGCGGUCAUCACAGUUACCGUCACAGAGCCUGGGGAAGGCUACACCAGAAAAGAUGCCUGUUGGCUUAAUUGGAACCAAACCAAAGCCCUUUUGGCUUUUGCCAUCCCAGCCUUGGCCAUUGUGGCUGUGAAUCUCCUUGUGGUUCUGGCAGUCGCUAUCAACACACAGAGGCCCUUGAUUGGCAGUUCAAAAUCUCAGGAUAUGGCCAUUGUUUUCAGGAUCAGCAAAAAUGUUGCCAUCCUCACCCCACUUCUGGGACUGACCUGGGGUUUUGGUCUAACAACCCUGCUAGAAGGCACACACCUGGUAUUCCAUAUAAUCUUUGCGUUGCUCAAUGCUUUCCAGGGCUUUUUCAUCUUGCUGUUUGGUACCAUUAUGGAUCACAAGAUAAGAGAUGCUCUGAAGAUGAGGGUAUCUUCAUUGAAGGGGAAAUCAAGGGCAGCAGAGAAGGUGUCAUUAAGUCCAGCCAAUGGAUCCAGAAUCCUGAAUCGCUGAGACUGAAAUAGACGCCUUGCUUGCUGGGAUGGAGAGGGCUCCAAGAGAAGGAUGCACAAAGGUCUCUGGAAUGAAGCAACUUCUUCUUCCAGCCAGGAGCACCGCCUAAGUUGAAACACUAGCUACGGCACACAGUGGGCUUUUUUAAAAGAUUGACCUGCAGCCUCUCACCUCACAAACGCUGACGUUUUUAUUCACCUCAGCAAGUUUCACAAUCCAGCUGCAAAUCAUUGUACUGUUUCCUUGGUGAGCCCAUGGCUCAUGGGGCAGCCUGGGAAAUGGAUUACUUUCAGCGUACCUCCCCACCCCUAGGCUUCUCUGUGGCUCUGGACCCAGACAUCCUCCCCCAUGAGGGGAUCCUGUGUGUGUGUGUGUGUGUGUGUGUGUGUGUGUGUGUUGUCUCAGGUCAGAUUCUGUGUCAGUGGUGGGGUUGGAGAUCAAAUGUGAAUGAUGCUGUAUCUACUUUGCAAAUCGUCCCUGGUAGGUUUCCCAAAGACAGGGGAUGAACAACGGUCAGGUGUUCCGUGUGCUUACAAUUGUAAUCCUUGGGUAAAUCAACCUGAUGUGUAGGGUCAGACACAACGCUGUUCCAGGUCUCACUAGUUAUGUGCUUAUGACUGUUCUCUUUCUAAACAACUGUAAAUAAAGACAUUUUGGGGUGUUAUUUUAGAAAAGAAAGUAAGAUUCAUUUACUUUCCUGAA